CUUUUAGUCAUCACGCCAGUCGGUUUCUGCGGAGAUACAAUAGAAAUCAAUAGUGAUCUCCAGAGGGAUCAAACAAAUAAGUAAAAUGGGUGUCAAAUCUGAUACGGAAAUUAUUUCUAAUUCUAUGACAGAGGACGAUCCCAACGAAAAUAUUCAAUAUUCUGAAGGAGAAGCAGCAUCAAGACCAAGGUGGGGACCAGAACAUGCCGGUGCUAAAGAACUAGCUAGCAAAUACACUGCAGGUUAGUGACUGAACUUACUUACGGCUUACGGACUGAGUUACGUAAAAUGAAAAGUUUGGGGAUUUUAUAUAAGUAUAAGGGGUCGUUCGUAUAUCACGUACGCAUAAAAUGACCUUUUUAGACCCCCCCCCCGCACAGUGUCACGUCACACCUAAAAAUAAUCAAAACAUACAUAAAAUGUUCAUAACUAAACUAAGAUUUUAUUUUAUUCUUAAACAUUUUCCCUUUUAAUCAUUUUAAUGGAUUAAGUAGUUAGUAGUAUCAUUAGAAAACUGUGACGCGAAACAACGAAGUCAUCCACAAGCCGAAUGUAAUAUGGCCACAACAGUUUUUGCAUAAUUUUUCUAUAUGCACAGAAGUCAGAAGGUGUGAGCGACUGAGUUUCAUAGUAAUAGUACCUAUAACUAUAAUACCUGAGGCAAUUUUGACCUCAAAUUAAUGUUUUUAAAAUUAAUUAAAUAUAGAUUUUUAAAAUUAGAAAAUUUUAGAUUUAAAAAAAAACUAAACUUGACUUCACAAAUUUUUGAGUUCCAGUCCCUGAUUGUCUUUGGCAGUAAUGAGAAGUUUCUAUACUGGCUUCUUGCUGGUAUGAGCCGGAAUUGCCUGUCAUGGCCUCGUCGCUUUCUAUGGGGGAGAGGGACGAGUUUCUGUUUAAUAAUGGAACAGUGGACUAGCCCAUUAUUUAUGUUAUACAAUAUGAUAUAUGGAGAGCCUGGAUUGUCGUUGUCGCUCCUCCAAUGGUGACCAGCCUAGUGUUUCCAGCAUACUGCCAACACUAAAGGUAUUCCUGUAGCGGUUCAGGACAAAGCGUGCUGCCCGUCGCUGGACCGCCUCCAACCUGUCAAUGCUCUUCUGGCUAAAACUGGACGGACAAAGGCUUUAUAGGCUCUUUCUUUCUCACUGGAGUUGCCAAUCUUUAGAUUACGCCUCAAGAACCCCAGGGUCUUGUUUGCCUGGUUACACACAUUGUUAAUAUGCUAGUCCAAGCAGACCUGGUAACACCCAGGUACUUUACGGAGGAAACUGGCUCAAGUAUAUGGCCAUGCAGUUCGUAUUGGUUGUAUAUAAAUUUAAAAAAUGACAUUGGCUAAUCAAUCCUGGAAAUCAUCCAAAUCAUCACAAAUACAUUUAAUUACAUAUAUAACACUGCUUUUUCCUUAUGACAGAGAUUUACUUGUCAUGUAUGAUGCCUUUACUGUAGGCCUACGCUGGGGCCUACACUACAUCAAUAAAAUUUUAAGCAGAAAUUUGCCUUCAUUUGAGUAACCCAUCCACCCUUCCCACCCCCCAAAACACUAAAUAAAGCAAACCAGCAGACUUAAGUUAUAAGUGGUAAAUGUGUGUUCCUCAUGUACCCAAGGUUCAUUGUUCUACAAAAGCCAGUGAAAAAAAAACAAUGAUUAUUUUAUAGAGAUUAGGAUAACAACAAUAAAUAAGCGUCUAACUCUAAAAUUAACCAAAAUAUAAAAUCUGCAUUAAAUACAAAAACAAACAAAACCUCUGGCUCCAGAACACCAUAAUAACUUAUUUAUUAAAAAAAUAGUUGCAAAAACUCAUAAGUCAUAAAUAUUAGAAAGAAAUAAAGUUGUACUUUGAAUCACUAUCUGAGACUGUUUCUCUCACAGGGCAGGUGGGGCAAAUAUCAAGCAAAAAUUGGUAUGAAAAAACAGGACGAACAUAAAAAAAGGACAAAUAUCGACAUGGGCGAAUGUUAAUGGUCCAUUUUGCCUAGUUCCCAUUUUUAAUAUUUAAUUAUUUUAAUUUAUAGUUAGCCAUACUUCUACUUACCUAAGUUUUAUUUAAAAUAUAAUUUAGCCUAAGUCUAAAAUUUACAUUUUGUGCCCAAAUCAAGUGUAUCCUGUACUGCCUGUUGUGUUAGUGAUAAUUUAAUAUGCUUGUCCUUUCAUAAAUUCCUUAUUGUUUAGGCCUAUCAACUUCCAAAUGUCUUAUACCAACAUACCUCCUUAUAGAAAUCAUGUGUCACAAGAUAAAUUUAGGCAUUCAACUAUGUGUAACAUGGAUAUGCCUCAUUGAUUCAUAAUAUUAGUCUAAAUGAUAAAUUAUUGAAAAUUUUUGCCAUUAUAACAUUUUUACAUCAUUUUUCGAAGUAUCAAAGUGACUGGAUAAGGCAAAAUGAGCACUGUUGUGUAUUAUAACAUUUAUUAAUGAUGUAUAUAUAUCUGGUUUCCAAAUAUGCAGGGCAAAAUUUUUUUUUUUUUUUCUUAUUAACCUAAUUUGUGUUCACAAUAAUUUUGACAUUUCCUAUUUCUGUCCUUACCCUGACAACACAACAUUAAAUGUCUUUAAACUUUAACUGCUGUGCACAGGAUAUAAAAACCUGAAAAUAAAUGAGACUAUAUGACUGUAAGGGAAGGUGGCAACAGUGGGUUGUCUGCAGGUUUUGCCACACAUCUGAGGGAUACAAUAUGUUCAUCCUGCAUAGUGCUAAGGUUAAGCCAAUGUGAGGAAGGAAGUACUUCAUGCCCUCAAUGUAUGACAGUAUGGUUGCAUGAUUCUUGCCAAAGCCAAUAGCAGCCUUUAUUUUUAGUUUUUGAGCGUAUUUCCUAAGCUUAAAAAUACAUAUAUAUGUUAAAUAAUGUUAUUCACUUCAUACUCAAGUUAAAAAAUAUUUUAAAUUUGUUUAUUGUCUUUAUAGGCCUGCAUAUAUUGUAUAACUUUUAAAAUAAAUGUUUCAAAUUUAUAUUGCAGGAAAAAGAUUCCAAGAGACUGUAUCAUUGUUCAUCAGUAUUAUAUUGCUUGCUGUCAACUUUUAUUACUUGGUGUUUUACUUUAACCCCAGCCAAUGGAGUAUGAUUCUUUUCUGUGCCUGUAAGUGUUACCAGUUAUUUUUAAAUUCUUACAUAAGGGAGGCUUUAAACAUUAUUUACCUCAUAAGCAAUAUAACUGACAGUUUUUCAUUUAUAUUAAAGAAAGAAACACCUAUGCUAGUUUAUUUUUUAAUCAUCAGCUGAUAUUUAAUUGUGACCCCAUGAUAUCUUGUCUUACAUUUCUAGUUAAUGGCAUGCACUUGAAUUUUUAGUACUAUUUUUAUCACUUGAAUGCAGUUGGUGAUAGCUUAUCUAGGCCAUGGAUAGUUUGUAAUUUGAUAGCCAAAAUGUGUUCAAUAUUGAUUUUAACAAAUAGUUUUUAGGAAUGAACAAUUUAUUUGUAUUCUUAAGUCAUAAUUUAAUAAAGAUACUUAUAAAUUAAUAUUUUCCACCAAUACAGUAAUAUUUAAGCAACACUCUUCUACAAUUUUUAAUAAUUUUUGUUUUUCCUAAAGCCACUAGUACAGACUAUUUUGUUUCUUGUUGAUGCCUCAAAUAGAGUACAACGAUACAUCUAUAAUUAUGAAUAAUCACCUCUAAAAAAUACCUUGAUACUUAUUUCUCUUAGAUGAUUAUAUUUAACUCAUUUAGACUCGUAUAGAUUUAUGGACAUAAAUUUACUACAGCAGUCAAGUCAAUAAUCCUUUUUUAUUAAACUUCAGUAUUUAUGGCCAUUGCAUGAUCAUGUAGCUAUGACUUGUGUGGAUCCAUUUGACAAUAUAUAUGAUAAGAAUUAUUCUAAAAUGUUCACAUUUCUGGCACUAUUCUAAAAUGUUCACAUUGUUGUAUCCAGUGGGCUUAAAACUCAUGGGCUUAAAACUCAUGGCCUCAAAUUCAUGCAUGUAGCCUGAAAAUUUAUGGUUACAAAAAAAAUAACUUCUAUUUAAUAAAUAAUGAGAUGUGAAGAGUAUGUUGCAACCCUGGGUCUAUUGAAAUCAUGAUGAUACUGCUGCUUCAGAGGAUACAUUUUUGAGCUCUUGGGAAUGUAAAUUGUUACCCAAAUAUAUUCAUAAAUAAGUUGCAUAUGGACUGAAGGUUGACAAAUUAGAUUUCUUAACCCAGCCCCAGUCAUUAAGAAUUUAACACAUUUAGAGGAAUUAAAGAAAGAUGUAAUAUUUUCUGUAUGCUGUAUCUAUACUAUAUGUGUAUCUAUUUUUAUCUUUGCACAGUGUUAGGAAUCAUAACAGCCGACUUUUGUAGUGGUGUUGUUCACUGGGGAGCUGAUACGUGGGGAUCUGUGGAUUUGCCAAUUGUUGGAAGUGUAAGUGUUGCCUUAUUAAUUUAUUUCAGGGAGAACUGCUCUUUCAUCUGAGUAUUUUGUUGAUUUAAAUUAGAGAUGAGCAGUUUAAAUGAAGUGUACAAAGCUGAUGCAUGGAGUUUAAGGUAUCCUUAAGCAACUUUUAGAAUUUAUAGACAAGGUUGAGAACUGAACUGUUUUCACGAUACAUAAACUAUGAGUCUCUCAUGGCAAUUAGUUCUCUAUUGCCAAGGAUGAUUAGCGAUAUGUUUGUCCUGCUCAGUUGUUAGCAUGGUUUAAAAAUUGAGAAGGAUGUUAACACAGCAAAGAUGGUAUCAUCAUCACACAUCCUAUUAUACCCUCUUAAACAAAAUAAUAUUUGAAUGAAAGUAUAGUAACACUAUGAACACAUGUUAUUAGAUAUGGAAAAGUAUAGUAACACUAUGAACACAUGUUAUUAGAUAUGGAAAAGUAUAGUAACACUAUGAACACAUGUUAUUAGAUAUGGAAAGUAUAGUAACACUAUGAACACAUGUUAUUAAAUAUGGAAAGUAUAGUAACACUAUGAACACAUGUUAUUAAAUAUGGAAAGUAUAGUAACACUAUGAACACAUGUUAUUAAAUAUGGAAAGUAUAGUAACACUAUGAACACAUGCUAUUAUAUAUGGAAAGUAUAGUAACACUAUGAACACAUGUUAUUAAAUAUGGAAAGUAUAGUAACACUAUGAACACAUGUUAUUAGAUAUGGAAAGUAUAGUAACACUAUGAACACAUGUUAUUAGAUAUGGAAAGUAUAGUAACACUAUGAACACAUGUUAUUAAAUAUGGAAAGUAUAGUAACACUAUGAACACAUGUUAUUAAAUAUGGAAAGUAUAGUAACACUAUGAACACAUGUUAUUAAAUAUGGAAAGUAUAGUAACACUAUGAACACAUGUUAUUAAAUAUGGAAAGUAUAGUAACACUAUGAACACAUGUUAUUAAAUAUGGAAAGUAUAGUAACACUAUGAACACAUGUUAUUAAAUAUGAUACCAUUCAAUUUUUUAAAAACAUUUAUGACAUCAUGAUUUAACUGGUUUCAUAAGAUGAGUCUGUACCCUAGUGUGAAGCAUGCAUUUUUUUAAUAAUACAAUAUAAAUAAAACAACCCCUAACAAUCCAGAGGAAAACGGCAGACCUAGGCUUAGAUGGAAAGAUGAUGUGGAAAGUGGUCUACAGCAGCUGGAAAUGCAGGCAUGGAGAAGAAAAGCAUCCAUUAUGUCUGAUUGGAAGGAAUUGGUGAGGCAGACCAAAGCCCUACAUAGGCUGUAGCACCAUAGAGAUGGAUGUAUAGAUAAAAAUUGUAUAAUGGCUGUAUCAUUGAAUCUUUGGCAGGGGUUCAUCAGACCAUUUCGUGAGCACCACAUUGAUCCUACCUCCAUAACACGGCAUGACUUCAUUGAAACCAACGGAGACAACUUUGCUGUGGUCAUUCCUUUCAUUGCUUACACAGCUCAUCAGUUUUACACGCUGUCACCCCAAGAGAUAGCCGAAACAUAUAACUGGAAAAUGUUCAUGUUUUUGUUAGCUGUGUUUGUCAGUCUCACAAACCAGGUGAGUGCUCUGAGUGUGCAACUUUUAAAACUGAAUAGCAAGGAAUUGAUGAUCAUUGUGUUGAACAUGAGCAAGAUAUUUUUAUUCUAGAAAACAAUACAGACAGCAAUCUGUUAAAUUUAAAUCUUAGCCCUUGUAUUUUUCCUGUUUACUAGCUUGUUAGUUUUAAAUUUAAAUUCAACUUUUACACCCCUCCCCCCCCCCCUCCCCCCGCGGGUGAUAAUCUUAUUUCUUUCUGCAUUGCUAAUAAAGUCCAUUCUAUGUAAGGGGAGGGAGGUCAUAAGGUGAGAUAGGUCGUAAGGUGAGAUAGGUCAUGGAGGCAAAAUCCCAUCAAUAUAAUAGUCCACUCUGAUAUUAUGUACAACAUAGUUACUAUAAUUGUGAUGCAAGAAAAAUAUUAGAAUUGGCUUUCAGAUAAUUGUAAAACAUGGCUGUCAUAAUUUAAUUGUAAGGCAGUUGGGAUAGGUGUGAAAUUCCAAAGGGAUUUUUUUGUGUGCUCAUAAUAACACAGCCCUUAAACCUAUUCUUGUCCUAUAUUGUAAGAUAACCUUUGAACCUGUAGAUUUUUUUUUUUAAGCAUUUAAGAUAUAAGAAAAUGAACUCUUAUGAACUGAUUAUUUACAUUUCUUUGUUUCAUGAAAAGUGCUGUACCCCAAACGUGAGUUACAAAUGAUGUUUUUGUUUCAGUGUCAUAAAUGGUCCCACACAUACUUUGGCCUGCCCUGGUACAUCACCAUCCUGCAGGACAUUCAUCUCAUUUUGCCUCGCAAGCACCACCGCAUUCACCAUGUCUCGCCACAUGAAACAUACUACUGCAUCACAACUGGCUGGCUCAACUACCCUCUGGAGAAGAUUCGUUUCUGGAGCACGGCCGAACAGUUGAUAGAAAAGCUGACGGGGAACAAACCCCGCUCUGAUGACAUGGCUUGGGCGAGCAAGAGCCACUAACGCCACUUAUUGUUAGUUUCAUCAAUCAUCUAUAUCUGAGGCUAACAAGGUUCUGUGGCACCAAGACACCAGUUUUCAUUGAGUUACUAGCAGCUCAUGGUCCUACUGCCAGGUUAGAUCAUCCACGACAGUUAUUUGUUGUUGUUUCAUUGAGCUUUUUGUGAUUUAACGGGUAAUCCCAAUCAUGUGCUGUAAUAGCCUAACUAUGUGCUGUAAUCCUAGUUUUUUGUGUGCCAAUAUUGGGCAGUCUAUUGCAGUAGGUAACGUAAAGCCUUCUACAAUGGCUAGACAAAGUAUCUCUUACAAAAAUAAUACUUUUUUUGCGGAUUGCAUCAGUUCUGUAAAUAGUUAUUGCUAUCAUAUACCUGUGGAGUCAAAAAGGGGUCUCCACAACAGGGCCCUCUGCUCCACAACAUGGCCCUCUGCUCCACUUCACAUUUACCCUCACUAUGGCUUUACAUGUUAUUUAAGAAAAAAAAAUUAGUGAAUUAUUAGUGGCAAGUGUAUGUAUUUCAACCUAAUCAUAUUUGACUUAUGAUGCUUUAAAAAAAAUAUUUAAACUAGCACACCUUCAAAUAAACUUUGGAGACCCAUAGAGUAAGAUCAAAACUAUGAAUAUAUCGGGUUAAAUUGUUUUCUCUUGGAAAUGAUUCCAUGGACAGUACUAUCCUCAUAAUAGAGCACUGUAUCGUUGCAUACGAAAGCUGUUGAAUAUAUUCUUCAGUGAAAGCACUAAACAUUUGCUCCCCGUUAUGUCUUUGCCAAUCAAGAGCUUGUGGUGCUCUUUGAAACCCAGCACAUUGAACAUGAGAGCUGUUAUGGAAUGCUGCAUAGGGCUGCAGAACCUUGAUGUCUUUACUAGAAACUCUGCUAACAAAUACCUGUUUUUUUGCUUUCUACUUAUAUAUUGCAAAGCUCAAAUAAACAUUAACUGUUAUAUUUAUAUUCAUGCAAAUUCACUUGGCCAUACAAAUAACUUUAUGUCAGAACCCAUCCGCCCCUCUCAAAGUGAAGCUAUCUUCUGUUUGUGUAUUGAUGUGAAAUCAGUGUAUUAAAUUUAUCAUGUCAACAUGGUUUAAGUGUAAAUUCAUGGAAUAUACACAUUUUUUGAGUUCUGUAAAGACAACAGUAUUUUUUGUUUAGAGAUGCACAAAAGCAGAUAACUGACAAUAAUUUAGUUUGUGAGUUUUAAAGUGUUACCAAGUCAGGAGCUAACCAAAGAUAGUUUGCAAUCAAAAGGUAUGGUUUUAUCACACUCUUCAUGUCAUUUAUAAUUGGAAAUUGAAUUUAGAUUCAAAGAAGGUAAAUACAAGGGGGUUGAUGUCAUUAGUGGAUGAUUGAGCAGUUAGCUAAUGGCUUAUGGUGCUGCAGGAAGAAAACUGGCCAGCCAUAUUCCCAAUGGUCUAGUUAGAAGGCAGAUGACUGUCAUAGAGGUUUAUUUUUGUUCAAAUUGAUAUGUAUAUUCAAUGUUUCUCUGUUCUCAUUUCUGCAUAACUUAUGAAUACUUUGGAGGAAGGAGAGCUUAGUUUAAACAAACAAAAAAGAGAGUAUGAUGAUUAAAUUUUGUUUUCUGCUCAGAGUGACA